AGUACAUCGGCAACCAUGCAGCGCUGAGACCAACCCCCCCCCGCCUUGCAAAACAACGAUGUCCUCGAAUUCACUAAUUUCGUUAUGAAGGAAUAGUGAGUUACAUCAAAAUGCGUUUGUGGAGACAACCGGACGCUCGGGAGGAAAUUACAAGUGCGGAGAAUUGAAUGUGAAACCGAAGGCGGUGUAAUACAGGCACUUUCUGCCCCGGACGUUUGGACUGGGGCCGUCAGGGCUGCUCCGAAUUAUUAGCCUACUUUCCGUCGUGUUUUAAAUGACGGGACCUCGCCAGCUCAGCGCAGCCCGCCGCAGCCUCAGGGGAAGGGCGCGCAACGCUAACAGACACCGGGGUUUGUAGUUUGCGCCCGGUCCGACUAUCAGCGGUACCGCCCCGUUUUUCCCCCCUCCCUCCCUCUCGCUCUCGCUCUCGCGCUAACGUUAUCCGCACGGCCCGGAGAGAAGGCUGGAGACACGGUACGGAGUAGCUUUGGACCGCUUUACCACACACCGGCUCCCACCAUGGGGAAUACAACCUCUUGCUGCGUGUCGUCGAGCCCCAAACACAGGAGGAACAACCACUCCAGGCUGGAGCCCUACCGGCCGGAGCCCGAGCUGAGCCGGGAGGACACGGGCUGCAACCUCCAGCACAUCAGCGACCGGGAGAACCUGGACGAUCUGCCCAUGGAGUACAAUCCAUCAGACCAUCCCCGGGCCAGCACCAUCUUCCUCAGCAAGUCGCAGACUGACGUUCCUCUGCCCAACAAGAGAGUUCGGGAAAAACGGAAGAGCCUUUAUAUCAACCAUUUCACACACAUUUCGGAGAACAAGCAUCAUCCAGGCCCGGCGAGACGAAAGUACAGCUCCUGCUCCACCAUAUUCCUUGACGACAGCACCGUCAGUCAGCCCAACCUCAAGUACACCAUCAAAUGCGUAGCCCUUGCAAUAUACUACCACAUAAAGAACAGGGAUGUCGAUGGGAGAAUGUUAGUGGACAUUUUCGAUGAGAAGCUGCACCCACUCACGAAGUCUGAACUUCCUCCUGAUUACGAAAAACACGACCCCGAGCAGAAGCAGAUCUACCGCUUCGUCAGGACGCUGUUCAGCGCCGCACAGCUCACCGCCGAGUGCGCCAUUGUCACCUUGGUGUACCUGGAGAGGCUCCUGACCUACGCCGAGAUCGACAUCAGCCCCUCCAACUGGAAGCGCAUUGUGCUGGGAGCCAUCCUUCUGGCAUCCAAAGUGUGGGACGACCAGGCGGUCUGGAACGUCGACUACUGCCAAAUUCUCAAGGAUAUCACUGUGGAGGACAUGAAUGAGCUGGAACGUCAGUUUCUGGAGCUGCUGCAGUUCAACAUAAACGUGCCGUCCAGCGUCUACGCCAAGUAUUACUUUGACCUUCGCUCCAUGGCUGAGGCCAACAACCUGAGCUUCCCACUGGAGCCCCUCAGCAGGGAGAAGGCCCAGAAGCUGGAGGCCAUCUCGCGGUUGUGCGACGACAUAUACAAGGACUUGAGGAAACAAGCGAAGAAGCGGUCGGUGAGCGCGGACAACCUGGCAGUGGUGCGGUGGUGCCCGGCCAUCAUUUCCUAACACUGGCCGCCUGCAGCACGCAGACACACCUGUCAGACAUACUGCACUGUGUUUCUGCCUGGUGGGCAGGCAAACCAGGUGGGCAGCAGACCCGUGGAUCAGUACACACACAGACACAAACACACACACACACACACACACACACACACACGCACACACACAAUCUAGCACUUUCACAAGUGUGAUUGCACCCUCUGGUUGUUGUACAUAAAAGACGUUCCACUGGCUGCCUGCACUGAACCAAAAAGAGCUGAGCUGAACCAAACUGAAGUGCUUGUGUGAAAGUUAUUGCACUGCAGCUGUCCAAUAACAGCUGGACUGCAGAAGAAGAGGCCAAUCAGAAACCCAGCAGGCAAUAUAUAUUUAUGAGAGAGUUGCGAUGUGAAGUUGAGACAAGCGCUCCUUUCCUCUCAGGCUCCUCUUGCCCGUGCGGGUAGAUGAGGGAGGUCGUGUACAUUCCUUUUUGUUUUAAACUUCAGGUUCAGUCAUUCUCUGAUCGGAAGCAUGAGGUGAUUUUUAUUUUUUCCUUUUGAAAGGCACAUUUGGACAUUUUGUCAGGUGUUCAUCUGUUCUUAUUGCAUUCCCAUCUGUGAGGAACCUCCGCGAGUACACAAAAGGAAAGGCAUGUACUCUCCUCUGUUACCUUCAGUGUGCACCUGACACAUUCAGGACAGUGCCGCAUGUCAUCGUAUUCACCUCCAUCGUGGCUGUUUUGUUGAAGCGCCCACUCAAAAGACUCACAUUGUCAGGAGCGCUGUGACCGGACCAGGAAAUCCAACUCGCACAACCACGGCCACAUUCAGAUACAGUGCUUCACUACAAGCAAUAAUCAUGCAUCGCCCGGUUGGUGUGACAAGAUACGAAGAAGCACGCAGACUCUGGAGGAGACUGAGCAGAGGGCAGCAGACUAGAGACGUCCCGCAGAGCGGUUGUUGUACUUAAUUCACUGCCAUCGUCCUGACCUGUGGUGCCUGUAAUAAGCUAGUUUAACAAUUCCCGCCUUUCCACUGGAUGAAAGAAACAAAUAACUGAAGUAUUUCCUCUGUAAAAUGUCGUAUGGUUCUUCCGCCUUACAAAGAAACAGCACAGCAAAGUGGACUAUUUAAAUUUAGGAGCCGCUGAACGCAUGAUUCUUUUCAGGGUUGUUUUGUGUUCUGGAGAAAAAGCAUUAGGUGACAAUUGAAACGCACUGCUUACAAAACAACAAAUUGUAAACAUUUUGCUCUCUAUACAGUGUAAAUACAGCGCCGGUGUGCAAAAUCUGUAGACUAAAGAAGAUCGUACUGUAAAAAGAGAACGGAAUGAUGGUGAAAGACUUGGAUCAGUUUAUAGUGUCCUCCACAGGGAUGGUCAAUAUGUUGGGUGUUCCUAUGUAAAAUCAAGUAAAGUAUUAUGAUUCAAACGGGAGACACCACUUAGGAUCUUCUGGCCUGUUUUCUUGUUACAAUGUUUUUUUCCACACAGCAGAAAGUUUUUUUUAUGUAUUACAUGUUGUAUAUGGUAACUUAAUAAUACAAGACAAUUCAGGCUUAUUGUAUUACUUGUUGUCAUUUUUUUCAUCCCCUCUCUGCGGAGGCAUUGCCAGAUGCACAUGCUGCUCAGCGAUCAUUAUGGAGCCCCAUAAAAAAGAAAUGUCAUUGGCCACCUCAAAAAUUCAGUAUAACUGAAUACAUCAAUAAAUAUAAUUAAACAUUUUCAA